AUGGACACAGACGACGAAAAACCCCGAGAUUCUUUUUCUGGCGUUGAAAGCAUUCUAAACAGAUUUAAUAAAUACCUAGCGGACCAUGAAGCAAUGAUUCGUGUUCUCGAACACAUGGAGAGGGACUUGCAACGUACCGUCCAUGAUCUUGAGUCUUUGAGACAAGUUAGCGAAGAUAGUUUGUGCGAUGGAGUUUGUGGAAUGCGUAAGAUGAAAGUUCGAGAUGCAUUGCCAUAUAUGCAGAUGGCAAAAAUGAGAAAAGAGAGGCAAAUUGCAAAUUUCAGGAAAAAAAUUGUGCAGCAAAACGAAGAAAUGACUGAGUUUAAGAAGAAACAUCUAAAAAUCAUGGAUCCCAAGGACAUACCAUCAACUAUGUCAAUGAUAUUAAAUAAUUUUGCCGUAAAGUGAAGAAGGAAAUAUUGAUAAAAUCAUUCAAUGUGUUUAAUGAGUGGGAGAAUGGAAAGUCAUUGACCAAAUAUAAGACACUACACUCAGUUUUUGAUUGAAGCAAGACACAAUACAAUCUUGUUCUUAUGUCAUCAUGAACAAUUCCCCAACAUGUGUUUUAUCAAGAUAAGUCACCAACGAAAGUGAACAGUGCUGCUUUCAAACCUCAAUAGCAGAUAGUAAAGACCUGUAAGAGGAGGGAAUGUAGAUAGAGCUGAACAAUUUUGAAGUUAAAAUAAUGUUUUGAAUGAUGUUUUAAUCUUUUACAUACAAUAUGCUAUAAUUAUUUGUGAAAAUUAUGUAAUUUUGCUGUGUCCAUCUUAUAAUGAAAUGUAAUUCUGCCUUAAGCAUAUCAAAUUAUGAUUGUGUAUAGAAAAAUCUUUCACGAUUUAAUUUCUCAAAUUAUUGAAAAUAUUACUGAUUGUACUUUCCAUUAUUGUAUUUUCAUAGUUUCUAAUGAACUGUGCUUUGAUUGUCUUAAAUAGAAAGAUACAGCUCCUAAGUCAAGAUUUAUUAUCGAUAAUCACAUUUGAUAAGAAACUAAAUAGGUUACAUUAUAUUUUCACCCCCUUUUACCUGCCUUAUAACAGAAAAUGUGGUUUUACAAAUUUAAAAGAUUGUUUAAUACAUCAUGGUUUGUUGACUAUGACUUCCAGUCACAAUGUUAUAAAAUGUUGUUUAAUAACUACAAAAUUAUAAUUUUUAAAGUACUGCAAUCAAAAUAAAAAUGUAAUACUGUACCGUCAAUAAAACUAAGCACACCAUUCACACAAAU